AUGGCUGAACACCCAAGGAUCGCGGCGCAGGCCAAGGCCGUUGCCGAUUGCUUUCACUUGCUUGUGGAUGUUGGUCUGGAUGACGAAAACCUGCAGAAAUCGGAGUCGACAGAUAUGGAUGAUCAGCUGGCACGAUUCAACAUUUGGGCCAGCAACAUCGGCGUGUUUGCCUCGGGCCAUGCGUCUCUCGACUACCGCCUGCGCGAUAGCCCAGAAGCAAAAACUCUGAUGAUCCAACUGCUUGAAGGGCUUCAGUGGUUCCUCAAAAGAGGUAGCUCCACCAAGCAUGACAGGCGCUACGUGUGCUAA